UUCAAGCCUUCUCUCCGCCUUUCACGACUUCCUCUCUGCAGAGCCACUCCCUCCGUGCUCCGUUUAUCCACCCCUCAGCGCAUCCCCGUGCAAACUUCUCUCCGACCCUUCUCCUCCACCCCAAUCCCGCACUUUUCGCAAUCAACCCACAAAAUGGCCGGCGGCAACGUUAUCGAAAUCACCUCUAAGGCUGAGUGGGACGAGAAGGUCGUCAACUCCACCGAGCCCGUCCUCGUCGACUUCUUCGCCACCUGGUGCGGCCCCUGCAAGGCCAUCUCCCCGCAAAUCGAGAAGCUCAGCCUGGCCCACGAGAACGUCAAGUUCUACCAGGUCGACGUCGACAAGGCCUCCGAGGUCGCCGCCGAGAACGGCAUCUCCGCCAUGCCCACUUUCCUCUUCUUCAAGGAUGGCAAGAAGAUUGACUCUGCCACUGUCCGCGGCGCCAACCCCCCCCGCCAUCCAGGCUGGUCUGCAGCAGCUGCUCGCAUAAAUGAAGCGGGAGAAAAUAAUGGCUGUGAAGUGUGUUUUUGUUUCCUAGAGUGA